GGGGAGGUCUAAGGUUGAGUUGAAAUAUGUACAUCUCACAGGAAAUGAGCAGGGAGUGGUUGUGUGUGAAGAAAACACGAUAGCCAGAAACAAGAUAAGUCUUUAAAAAAACUUUAAUCUGACCUUAAAAGACAGCACAAACACCACCAAGACAUAAGACUUCCAGCUAUGGCAGCCAUUGCUAUAACAGUAUCAAAAGCCAUUCCAGACAUUGUUAGCAAAGGAAUGACCAUUCAUAGCAAGUUAAGGCAGGUGAAGAAGAACAAGACAUGCUGUGCACGUUUGGCAAAACGUGUGAAGACUUUGGUGGAUCCGCUGGAGGUUUUGGCCAACCAGGGUGUGGAUGAAGAGGUUUUGCAGAAAGCCCUUGAUGUAUUCAACAAGGCAUUGGAGGAAGCUGAGACGCUGAUGAAAAAGUAUGAGGAAACCAACUGGUUAAAGAAGACAUUCAAUGCAGACACCUUGAAGGGAUAUUUCAAAGAGGUGAACCUACACCUCACAGAGGCAUCACACCACCUCUGCCUACAAGUGGUAGGCCGAGCAGAACAACAGAAACUUGAAGAAGUGUUUAAUGGUCAAAGGAUUCUCAAGGAGAAUGAUGAAGACAUGAAGAUUGAUCUGCAGGAAUGGGAGAAAUUGCUAUCAUUAGCUGAGGAAACCAGGGAUGAAGUAAAAACUGUGCAUGACGUGGUGGACGGCACUGACCAGAAAGUGAGCUCUUUACAAAGAGACGUGCCUGACAUCAAGGACGCUGUGAGAGCAGGUGCUAUGAGUCAGCCAUCUGCAGCAUCUUCACUUGAAGCCACAGAUCAAGUGUUCCAUAAUCGACGUGAACUCAUAAAUAGGAUAGAAGAUGCCUCUCUGAGAGAUCUACUGGAUGGCCUUCAGAAACCCACCUCUGACAUGCCCGCUGUCAUUAAGGGCAGGGAGAGGAAUGAGGUUCUGCAGAAGCACAGUGUGACUGAGGACCAGGUGACCUGCCUGGUGGAUAUGGUGUGGAAGAAGGGUAAACGGGCCUGUGAGAGAUUUCUGUCUCUCCUUAAAGAAGUGGAGCCUGGCCUCUGUGAGGAGCUUGGUUUGUAGACAUGUGAUCUGUCAUGUGACAAGCGAUCUAUGAGAUAAUAAAACCAACCAGCCCAAAGAGAGCCCACCCACAUAGACCCCAAUGUGGUUUACUGGGAAAGCACAACACACACUCUGAUCCAGUCUAUUUACUCUAGAACAUGUCACCAUAUAUUUUAUUGUGGAAAUAUUUGUUUUGUUAUGUAAAAAAUACAUUGGUUGUUAUUAAUGUCAUAAUGCUUACUGUCAUGUACAACAUUAUACAAUUAAUGUGAUAGUAGAUCCUAAUUUAGAACACUUGGAUAUUUUCAAAGGCAAUCUGAUAGCAAUUUCAUGAGUUCACAUUCCAAAUUGCGAAAAGAGAAGUAAGCUAAAGCAAGUUUGGCAAAGUCUUUAGUUGAUUGAGUGCUUCACAGGAGUCUACUAUGCAUGCAGGCAUCAGCCAGUAUCCAUGGGUUUGUGUGUGAGUGUGUAUGUGGGUGGGGUUAUGGGGUGUGUGUGAAAAAAAGAUUUGGAUGACAAUAUCUGUCUUCACUAGACUAAGGGUUUAAAGCUGCAGUUGGCAAGUCUGACAGAUUGAAGGGAUUUAGCCAAAACUUGGAAUGAUUACAACUCUCAUGCCCCUCCCCCACUAACACCGAGCACCCUCUCAUAGAGUUUGUGCUCGUCAGUGCGUACCAGACUGUGAUGGAUGGUCAGAUCUCACACAGCCCUGCUCUGAUUGUACCAGAAGAACCGGGAGCUGUGGAUUUUUGCAAAACAAAUAACAGGCUCUAAGUGGAGGUAGAAUUGCGGGUUUUUUUCUUAAAACCAGCUGAUUCUCAAUUGUUUCUUGAAUAUAUGUGUGAAUGUGGUUUCUAUAAACAUUAAAAUGUACAAAAUAAAAGGAAUGUACCUAA